UAUGACAGUAAAUAAGAUAAUCCUUGGAGCAAGUCAUGUUGUCUUUUAAGUUCGUAGAAAUAAUUAUAAGGUGGUAAAUAUUAUUAAAAUGUCCAGUCUGAUAUAUCGAAAUGCAUUUAGAAAACCCAAUAAUAUACUGAAAAUCAUCCCGGGAUGUUUUUUUAUGAAGAGUUUGUGUCUACUAAGUAAAGUAAAAUUCAAAAGCGAUCUAAGUAAUAGAAGACGAUGUUUAUUUACGUUUUCCUUGGUAUGCAAACAAGGCAUGCUUACCACGUUCGCGAAAGGUUUUUUAACUGGACACACGAGCAGGGGAUGUUGGAAAUGCGGCACUGAAAUUUUGAAUUUUCAAUUAUUCUGCCAAAGUUGCCAAGUACUGCAGAGGCCCAGGAAAAAUAUUAAUUUUUUUGACAUUUUACAAAUAGAUAACAGUUACGAAAUAAGUUUAAAUAAGGUUUCUUCUACAUACAGAAAAUUGCAAAAUGUAUUGCACCCUGAUAGAUUUGUAAACAGAAGUGAGGAAGAAAAAAAUAUUUCUGAAGAAUAUUCUUCGCUUCUGAACAAAGCAUACUCAACUGUGACAGAUCCCUUAAAACGUGCAAUCUACAUGCUUGAACUCAAAAAUGUUUUCAUUCAAGAAGACUCCAUCCAAAGUCCAGAAUUCUUGAUGGAAAUUAUGGAAAAAAAUGAAAAGUUAGCUGAAGUAAAGGAUGUGGAUGAUGUCAAGAGAAUGGAUGCUGAAAAUAAACAUGUUUUAGGACAGCUGUCAAAGGAAGUGGCAGAUGCUUUUAAAGUUGAUGAUGUACUUAAAGCAAAAGAAGCUGUGAUAAAGAUGAAGUAUUACACUACUUUUAAUGAGAAAAUUAAAGAACAAAAAAUGAACAUGGGUAUUGUUGAAGAAUAGUUAUUCCAUAACAAAUGUAUAUUGUAUGUUUGAAAUAUUCUAAUUCAAGACUGUUUUACAUGAAUAUUAAUAGUAUUUUUAUAUGUUAAAUAAGAACGUUGUUCAUAUAAAUGUCUUUGGUAGCAAACUAAGCACAUACUAGGUUAAAUACCUAUUACAUAUGUACACUGCAGUAUUGAUUAUAAUCAAAGAUAUAUUUAUGAACAAA